AUGGAAAAUGCACGAAGUCUCUACAAGAAUGACGUCGAUUUCGCAGCCUUGGCGCUGCAGUCGCGCGACUUCGCCAAGUAUUUGAAGCCCAAGUCUCAGUUGGACUUCAGUGAUCCAGCGGCUGUCCGGCAGCUCACGACUAGCCUUCUGGAGCAGGACUUCCAUUUAAAAGUGGAGAUCCCAGAUGAUCGGCUAUGUCCACCGGUAUGCACAUAUAUUAACCAGCGACGAUCUCACGCACAUGCACUGACUUUGCUUGCAGGUACCAAACAGGUAUGUCGACGCAGGGUUGAUACCAAUGUCACUCCCCUGUGCAUGACUGACGAAAAAGAAAGACUCAACUACAUCCUCUGGCUCCAAGACUUGCUAGAUUCCACUACCGGCGAAUUGAAAUCUGGAUAUGAUUCCAGCCGAGAAGUCGUCGGUCUUGACAUUGGGACCGGGUGUAUCAGCAUUUAUCCACUACUUGGCUGCACAUCCCGGCCCGGUUGGACUUUUAUUGCAACGGAUAUCGACUCCAACAACAUAUACAGUGCUCAGCACAAUGUCCAAAUGAACAAGCUCGAGCACCGAAUUCGGGUCAUCAACACUGACGCUGAGGGUCUGCUCUUCCCGCUCAAUAACCUUGGCCAUGCCACUCUGGAUUUCACCAUGUGUAAUCCCCCUUUCUACACCUCGCGCGAUGAGCUAAUUCAAUCCGCCGAGCAAAAGUCCCGGCCUGCCUUCUCGGCAUGUACAGGCGCCGAGGUGGAAAUGGUCACCCGCGGUGGAGAAGUAGCUUUCGUGAAGCGCAUGAUCGAGGAGAGUCUCGUUCUGCAUGACCGCAUCCAGUGGUAUACAUCCAUGCUCGGUAAACUAAGCAGUGUAUCUGUUCUUGUUGAGAUGCUCAUACAGCACGAUAAUCACAAUUACGCCGUCACUGAGUUCGUGCAGGGGAGUAAAACAAAGCGGUGGGCGUUGGCUUGGUCGUGGGGGGAUAAACGGCCUAUCAUGACCGCUGCACGAGGAAUACCUGGAUUCCCGAAGCAUUUGCUACCCUUCCCUGCUGAUUACAACUUCACAUUGGCACCUGAAAUAUCAAUUGAUACAGCUAGCGCAGCCUUGAACAGUGAACUUGAUUCUCUGACCUGGUUUUGGAGCUGGGACCAGAAUGCCUCGGCUGGGACUGGUAUCGCUGCUGAAAAUGUCUGGUCUCGACAAGCGCGCCGGAAGAUGAAAAUCUCUGGCCAGGAGGGAGCUGGCAAGUUGAAAGAUGUCCCAACACAAGUUCACCUAGGAGUACGCGUAUACCUACGAUUACUCCGAGGCCAGAAGCCAGAAGACAAAAAGGUACAAGUAUUGGUACGGUGGACGCAGGGAACAGACAGUGUUCUUUUCGAGAGUUUCUGCGGGAUGGUAAAAAGGAAGCUGGAAGCAAAGUGA